AUGGAAUCUUCAAUUGCAGGAAGAACUCAGAAGAUAUCUAUUUUGGGGGUUGAAGUCCCCAAUGGUGAAAGAUUCAGUAUUCUUAAUCUGAAUGUUAAAAUUGACCCUGCCUGGGCCUUCCAAGAGAUAGAUGUCGCAGAGAAACUCAGCGUGGCUUUUGAGGAAACGAUGGAUAACAUUAAAGAUGACGUCUUGAGUCACCAAAUCAAAUGGCAGGAAAUGUCAGAAGAAAGACUGUCGGAGGUCAUUGACAAAUUUGUAAAGACUGAAUCUGCGCUUAGAAACAGAAUUGAAGAGUUGGAGCUGUCAGAGAAGAAGCUUCUGGAAAUAGCUGAUCGCCUGGAUGCCCAAGUAACCCUGGAAGAGAAGGCAUUUCUAGGAGCUCUAGAGAAACUUCGGGAGAUUCUUGGAGAACUCACAGACCUGGUUCAAGGGAAAGAGCGAGCCAGAAGGAUUCUGGCGGAAAAGCUCCGAAGGCUGCAGGAGCAGUUGACGAUGAAAGACGAAGAGAUGAAGAGCCAGUCUGAAUAUUUUGAGCACUACAAGCAAAACCAAAAGCAGCAGAUGGCCACAUUGGAAGAGCAAAGAAGAUCCCUUCAGGCCCAGGUGAUGUGGCUGGAAUGGGAAGUCCAGGUUUGGAGCGUUUCGAUGGUGCACCUCAUCGCCCAACUUGGAGAUGGAGCCCUGCAGUGUCUCCGUUCCCAAAUGGGCACCAUGUUGGGAGAAAUGCCAAGUCUCUGCCCAGUGCCUGAAAGUGUGGCUUUGAAGAGAGCUAUCUUUGAACACGGCGAGGUUCCUGACCAAAGCCCCUGGGAAAUCCUGCAGGAGACUCUGAAGCCGUUACUUGAAACAUUGCAGUGUGGUAGGGGCGAAAAGGAGGAACUCUUAAAUCGACUUGAGAAAUCACGUGACACCGAAGGGUUUCUUCUGAGGAAACUGGAGGAUUUUCGCCACCACAUCUAUGAGCUGAAGUUGUCAGAGAACCAGUUCCAGGAGCGGGUGAAAGAGCUAGAAAUGCAAAAAACUGAUUUGCAAGAUCAGUUGGAAGCCAAGGGGCAGAAGGAAACAGAAAAGCCAUGUGAAGUGACAAGUCUCAGUGGGACAGCUUAUGUAGCUGGUUUUGAUUUGGAUCCAGUCAAGUUUAAGAAAAUUGCAAAGAUUUGUGAAACCAUUCAUGAUUUUCUGGAAUCCCAAGAUCUAAAAGGCAGAUCCAAAGAUUUACAGAUUCUGCUCACUACUUUUACAUCACAGAUGAAGAAAAAGCAGCUCUUCUUCCAGGAUGAAUUUUGGCAUUUGAAGAGAGAGGCUGUAUUAGAUCCCCAUAGAAACAAAACUCCGAUGUUGGAGAUUUUCGACUCUGAUGGGUCCUGCUGCUGUAUUCUGUUAGGGAUGAGGUCACAGAGUGGAAGGAAGAAAACUUGGCUCAGUGGUCCCGAAGGAUCCUUGAUCUCAGACUCGGAUGCCUUGGAAGAGAUUCCUGGAGUACUCGGAAUGACUGACAAAUCCCAGCUCAGUCUGAACGACCAGAAGUUUGGAGGAUCAGCUGAUGUAUGUGGACUUACUUUGGUUCAGAAUGAAGAUGGGCAAGUCUCAUUGGAGCAACGAAAAAAUUCCAGAAGUCAACUAAAGAUGAAAGAUGAAGACUCUCUCGCGCUCUUGAAAGAGUCGGUGAUUACUCCGUAUCCCGGGUCUGUUCACCAAGCGAAUGAACAACUGAGUUCAGACUGUGAUGGCAACACUUCAUUCUUCCAUGGCCUCCAGUGUCCUUUGAAAGAGGAGAAAGCUGGAAAGGUUUUGAAAUCUCAGGAAAUCACUUUCAAUAGAAGAGAUGGAGCAUUAAAUGAAGAUGAAGUGAAAACCCAUGUGGAAAGUAAAGACACGCUCCUACUACCCGCGGAGAAAGAAAACCAAUCAAAUGAUGAUAAACAUCAACCCAAUUGGGAAGAAAAAAUUGUGUCACGGGGAAAGGAGAAGAGCCAGUUCUGGGAAGCUCCUUGCUCGUCUCAUCUCCUGAUCACCUCUAAACAAAUGAAGAGAAGCACCUCUUUGGGAAAGGACUGUGCGAAAAAUCUUGAAGUUUUCCCAGUAGCUCAAGGGAAUGGAGAGGGUUCGAUUGAAGCUACUAAUCCCCUAGAAGACCAAGGACCAGUAUCUAGGAAAACACCUGAGUUAGGCAAGGAAAAACAGUUGUGAUUUCAAAAUGACGUUGUUCUCUAUGGGCCAAACAACUUGGAUGAAGAGGAAGGGGUGGAGAAAACGUCUUCUGGAGAAAUAGUGCCUAUUUACAGUAGCCAUCCAGGUCAAGAUGUUCAGAAUACAUUUGUGUUCAAAGACGAGAAGGGCAAACACCUUCUAAAAAUGUCUUUUACUGAUGAAGAAAACCUCUCACCAUUAAAUACAAAGACAUCAUUACAAGGAGGGCAAUGUGAAAAUCUUUCAAGAAGAAGCACCGUAGUGGAAGAGCGAAAUAGAUGGUCCCUCAAAAUAGAGUUGCUAGAAGAAAUCAAGGAUCUACAUUAUCAGCAAAUAACAGUGUUAAAGGUAGAGAACGAGAGAUACAAUCAGAAAAUUUGGAUGCUGGAGGAAGAAAAUAGAUGCUUGUCUAGGGCUUUGGGUGCCUCAAAGGAUGCAAUCCACAUUUAUUCCCAACAAAUCUGGGGAAGCAAUGAAGCAGGUGUUGAUUUUUCAUUGAACUUGUUUCCCUCAAAGGAAAAGCAAGAGAGAGAUGAUGGCAAGAUGAUUAUGAACAAGGCCAGAUACUUGGGAACAGUUCAUGCUAGUGAACAAACAAUUUCAGAAGGUCAGGGUGCAAAAGCAUCCCAAGAUUGUAAAUCCACAGAAUCACCAAUUCUCAUGAAUAAACCUCCUCAGCCCAUAGAAAAUCCGGAGCAGGUUAAGACCAGGUUCGUUCAGUUUAUGUCUAAUCUGACAAAACAGAGAAGCAAAGGUUUCCUUGAAAUAGCCCAAUUUCAGAAGGAUCAGGAGAAAUAUCAGAAAAAGGUUGGUUCCCUUGAAGAAUAAAAAGCAAGAAAUUUGCAAAAGAUCGCUGAACUUGCAAAAGAUCAGGACAUCCUGUCUGGAAACGUGUCUCGGUUAAAAAUGGAAUUAGAACUUUACCUGGCCUUAAUUUCUGAUCUUGAGGAUUGCAAUGCCAAGUGUAACCAACACAUUUCUGAAGUCCUGGAAGAAAAUGUCACAUUGAAAGCCAGGAAGAACGUUAUCCAGGAAGAUUGUCCGGACCAAGCCGUGGCAGUCACAAAGCAGCUUGCGCUGGAAAACCAUGAACUGAAGAUGUUAAUAUCUGAUCUUGGGAUGCGCUAUAGAACUCUGAUCAAAGACGCAGUGGCAGGAAUAGCAGACAUCAUGCACCAUCUCCAAGAAGAAAAUGAGCAGCUCUUACUCCGGAUGCACUCUACAGAAACCCACCAAGAAACCGAACUCACUGAGCCUAGGGAACAGCGUACAAACAAAAAUGAGCAGUUGACUGGAAACCUUAGGCAAGUCUUGGAUGAAGUAAAGACUGAAGACAAAGGGAUGCAGAUCACUGUAUCCCCAAGCUACCACACGCCAAAAGAAUCUGGUACCUCCCCAGAGGGAGUGAGGAUCUUUUCUAGAGGAAAGUUUCCAGCGAUGUUUUCCAUGCCCCAUGAACCCUCUACCUAUUUGAUUGAUGAUUCCAGAAGGCUUGCCUUCUUGGAUCAGGAGAACUGUGUGCUACCCAAUGUGUUUCAACAAAGCCUCGAAGGAGCUGAUAUGAAAAAGGCAAAGUUUGUGGCGAAAAUCAGAAAGACGCCAUCUGGAUUUCAAGAUAAAGUAUUGAAAGCCCUAGGAAACAUCCUCAAGACUCAGAGGAAUAUCAAGAGAUUUGGCCCUUCUGAAAGAAGAUAUGAAGAGGUCAAAAGCCACUUUCAACAUGGAUCAUCUGAAUUACAGCAUCUUCGGAGAGUGGAAGGGGGAGCAGAAAUUGCAGAGACGGCUUGCCAAGCAGACUUCGAAUGUGAGAAGACACCACGUUUAAGAGUGGCCCCUGCAUCAGUUGGUUCCAUUUACGUUAUUAAAACCGUGGGCCAGAAGUGUCUGAUGAUUGGCUGGGAGAGACCAGAAGUUGAUGCUUUAGGUUGUAGCAACGGGACGCUCAUUACAGGCUACAGGAUAUACAUUAAUGGAAAGCUUCACAAAUCUCUUUUGAGUUAUGCUUGUACAAAGCUAAGUAGUACCCUCUUAGAAAAUUUUGACCUGUCCGUUCCGUUCCAAAUCAGCGUCCAGACCGUGGGCUCAUGUGAUUUGGUUUCAGAGAAGCAGCAUAUCAAGUUCAGUCUUCAGGCAAACAAAGACACUUCAUCGUCUGCAGCCGGACGUCUGACUGAAGACCUCCGAUUGGACAGAAUUUCUCCUUAGGAAAGAAGGUAGUAUUUAGAGAGAGCACCAAAUCUAGAAGAUAUUUGUUUUCUGGCCACCUGCCUCGGCUAUUUUGUUCAGGGAAGAGCUACAGAUUGGAACUGAUGUCGACUCCCCUCUGAAGAUUUGACCGGCAAAUGAGUGAAGUGUAAAUGUUUCCCACAAUUUGGAUGUUUAUGGUAUGGUUCUGAAGAUCUGUAUUUUGUCCACAUCCCUACCAAAUAUGGCUGAUCAUUUUAAGAAAUCAAUCAGAAUCUCAAUUCUUCACUUAAUCCCAAUCCACCAGGGCAUUUUUGUGGUAAAAAAAAAAAAUCUGGAGGUGAACAGAACUCACUAGUUUUAUAAAGGUCACUUCUGCUUGUGUGUCCAUAUAAAAAUGAAUUUAAUUCGGUAAAUAUGAGGUUGGGUGACUGGGAAUUUGUUCUAUUGGUCGAACAGGAGCUGUAAGGAUAACCACUCGGUAAAUAUUGACUAGGAUUCUGUUUCAUAAUGGGAAAACCAUUUCCAAGUUGGUCAGGGAGAGAGGAAGCUCAGGGCUGCUUAUGAAAUGCUCUACAUUGUUGUAGAGCCCAGCUUUUUAUGCUUUUUCCCCAGACUUACCAAAAGCAACAGGACUUAGGAUCCUUUGUUCUUCAAGCCAGGGGUGGUAACUCUUCUCUGAAAAACCUAGAACUGAUCUUAAAAUGAUAAUUGUGAUAUUUGUU